AUGGUUUCUGGCCCAAUACGAGAGAAGGAGCUGCCAAAGGAGUCGAAGAGGGCGAACGUUUCGACACUCGGAGUGGCCGGAAGUGGAAGUUUGACGUCCCCAACCGGGGAGCAAGGUGGAGUGUAUCUUACUGCUGACACCAGAAUUUCGUUCGAUGCCAUUGAGAAGUUUUGCCUGUCUGCCGGGACGCUUUGCCCACCGGGCCUGCCAGGAGGCGACGGCCCGACCGGCCCCGUCGGCCCCGUCGGACCCGUCGGUCCUGUCGGUCCUCGCGGCGAUCGAGGACUACCCGGAUCGCCAGGAGUCCAAGGACCCGAAGGUCCUCGCGGCUUACCGGGAUUGCCGGGCGAGAGAGGAGAGAAGGGCGAGCCGGGGCUGGACGGCCGGGACGGGAUUCCGGGGGAACCGGGAUUGGACGGGGUUCCCGGGCGCAGCGGCUCGGACGGUCUCCCCGGGAGAGACGGGAUUCCUGGCUUCAACGGCACACCCGGCAGUCCUGGGCGCAACGGGACCGAUGGAAGUCCUGGAACGCCAGGACCACCUGGACCCAUGGGACCUCCAGGACCAACAGGGAGUCCUGGACCAAGGGGGCGACUCGGGAACCGGGGGCAGGAUGGCACACCUGGAACUCCUGGGAUACUCGCUUGGAAUUAUAAAUACAAGUCCAAUGAAUCCGGAAGUCAGCUAGAGAGCGAAACUUUGCUCGUACCACCUUCCAUACUAGGAAGCGGACAGCCGAGAGAACUGAUCUCGGUCUCGGAAGGUGCGAACGUGCGUCUGAGUUGUUCCGCCAGUGGGAAUCCUCGACCGGAGAUCCAGUGGUCCAAAAGCGACGGCCUGGCGAUUCCGAUGGGCGCCUGGCACGUGUCAUCUAUCCUCGGCCAUGCCUUGAACAUCACCGUGGUGAACAGACAACACAUGGGGGACUAUAUUUGCACCGCCAAUAACGGCGUGCCGCCAAGUGCCAGACAGAAAUUCAAGCUCGAGGUGCACUUUGCUCCAUUUAUCAAGAUUCGAAGUCAGAUGAUUCACGUGAGAAAUUUCGGCACCGCGCUACUCGAGUGCGAGGUCGAGGCCUUCCCAGAGCCGGCCACUUACUGGGAGCGCGGGGACGAUCGUCGGGUCGAAAAAUCGGAGAAACAUCAUAUCUUCGUCGACGACCGACGAGAUCGUUACAAGUUAAAAAUGAUCCUGAACAUCACCAGAGUGGAGGUGGCGGAUCACGGGGUUUACCGCUGCGUCGCGAGGAACAACAUCGCCACCACGAAGGGGGUCUUCGUGGUGAACGGGAUCGGAAAGGCUCAUGACAGGAAAGGAGACGCGAUGGGUACCGCGCAUCAGCAGUACAUCGUCUUCGGAGAACGAGCUCCUCCCUUGGUGGACGUCGACGAUUUGUGUCCUCCUCCCCCGAGGUGCAAGACCUGUCCCAGUGUUAAGUGUCCUUACCCGGACUAUGGAGAGAGGUUCGAUAUUCAACCCCUGAAGGGAACCAACUAUACCGGCUUGCCACCUCGCAUGGCUGAGGGUGUCCUGGAGAUCCUCGGGAAGCCCGUCUUCAAGGGGCGGAUGGACGACAUCUACGGGGCGUGGAUGCACGACGCGGCUCCGCGUUCGGAAUCCGCUGCGGAAAAGCUCUGGGUGACUCGCUCAGCCAACUCGUCCUACAUCUUCGAGUACGACAGAAAGGAGGACUUCGACUCCGGGAGGUCGCGAAACGUGUCGCUGCCCUCGCCCUUUAAGGGAAACGGCCACGUCGUUUACAACGGCUUCUUCUUUUACAAUCCGGUGAACCGACCCUCCAUAUUUCGAUUCGACCUCCAAUUCCAAGGGAUCGGCAACUUUAUGGCCAACCGGAAGGAACUCGUGCUUCCUGGCUUGGUGAUCAAUUCCAGCAGCUAUCUGUACACGCCUGAUCACAAUUACAAAUUCGUCGACUUCGACGUCGAUGAGAACGGCUUGUGGGUGAUUUACGGUUUACCGUCAAACAAUACGGUCGUGAUGAAGGUGGACGUCAGUACCAUGACGCCGCAAUACGCCUGGAAUAUCAGCGUCGAUCAUCAUACGGUUGGGGAGAUGUUCAUCGCUUGUGGAGUGCUGUACGCCGUUCGGAAUGUUACCGAGGACAACAUCAAAAUAAGAUUCGCCCUCGACUUGUACAAAAACACGUUUCUCGACGUUCGCCUGUCGUUCACGAACCCAUAUAAGAAGAUCACGAUGAUUGGUUACAAUCCCAGAGUAAAGGAACUUUACACCUGGGAUAAGGGAAGUCAGCUGGCAUAUCCGGUGAGAUAUCAGGGGACCGGUUACAACGUAACCAGAGAAAAUGUUAAGGACGACGGUAUGGCCGAGGUUGUCACCGAUUACGGCUUAUACAACAAUCGAUCGCGAUAUCACCUGACUUAAAGCGAAGAUUCGCCGCGACGUAAACGCGUCGUUGAAUUUUUUUCUCGAUGAUGUAAGAAAGAGUCGGCCCGGUCGUUUUCCGUCGUAGAAAAUCGGGGACAACUCUGCGUGUACACCUGGAAGUAUCAAAGCUCGGACAGCUCGAAAUGGUCGACAAUUAGUUAAUGGUCGAGAAUUAUUUAGAGGAGCUUUGAGAACUGCGGCGAGGAGACUUGGACUUUUGAGUAUUUGUUGCUACACGGCCAACUUAAUUGGGGCUUAUGUCAUUUCCUUGCGUCUAUACAGGUGUACGCGUAAGGUUUACGAGGUUGGACAUUUUUCUUUCUACUUCCUAAGUACUCGGCGAGAGAGAAAAAUCGAAGACCUCCGCAAGACUCAAGAAGUACUUGAAUUAUUUUUUUUUACCUAGUAAGACUCCUCGCAAGGGUCGGACGUAUUGAUAAAUGCCGUUUCUUAUUCAAAUCCCGAGAGCGUAAUGGACUUGGGAAGCGCAACAUUGGAUUUUCUUGCCCGAUUCCGCGCAGAGACGGCGUAAGAUAAUUUCGGCAUAAAACCAUUAGGUGCUCCUAACCGAGGCCCUAACUCGAGUAUCCAACUCGGAGGGUCUAAACUCCGUUUCGCGAGUCUCCGUUGGGCGAAACCGAGCAACCAUGUUUUGUUCUCCAGUCUUACGUGCAGAGUUGCAUUUUGGUCUUGUAAUCGGGUCAAGGGGAUCCGCAAGUACGGAAGAGAGUCGACAAUUAUUCCGACGUUCGGGCGAUUUCGCGCAAUGUCGACGUUUUCCGACGAAAGUACACGAUCAAUGGGAUGAAAACGCGCAAAUGGGCAAAUUUAAACAUACAUGCGAGCAUGUUUCGUUCUCCAGUCUUACGUGCUGCGUUGCGUUUUGGUCCUGCAAUCGGGUCAAGGGGAUCCGCAAGUACGAAAGAGAAUCCACAAUUAUUCCCAGGUUCGGGCGAUUACGCGCAAUGUCGACGUUUCCCGGCGAAAGUACACUACCAAUGGGAUGGAAACGCGCAAGUGGGCAAAUUGAAACUUGGGCGAAAUUGUGCAUCCAUGUUUCGUUCUCCAGUCUUGAUGUGUUGCGUUUCGGGUCAAGGGGAUUCGCAAGUACGGAAGAGAAUCGACAAUUAUUCCCACGUUCGGGCGAUUACGCGCAAUGUCGACGUUUCCCGGCGAAAGUACACUACUAAUGGAAUGGAAACGCGCAAGUGGGCAGAUUGAAACUUGCGCGAAAUCGAGCAACCAUGUUUUGUUCUCCAGUCUUACUUGACGAGUUGUGUUUCGGGUCAAGGGGAUCCGCAAGUACGGAAGAGAGUCGGCAAUUAUUCCCACGUUCGGGCGAUUACGCGCAAUGUCGACGUUUCCCGGUGGAAGUACACCGUCGACCAGAGACCGAUGGGAUGAAAACGAGCAAGUGGGCAAAUUUAAACUGAAUUAUUCGAAUCGAUGGCGCGUCAACCACUGUGGGAACAACGGUUGAAAUGAAUUCGUACUCCACAGCCGCCUCAAUUACUCGUUUAAUUAACCGAGGAGAAGAUGGAUGUUCAUUGGGUCGGUCAGUUCCGUUUAUACCCGCCAAUUUGUUUAAACGUUAAUAUAGCCGUUGAUGGUCAGAAAUGGCUCUCACGGUCGAUGAUUUUCGGCCAAUCUGCGAAACGCGAGUUCCAUCUGAUGAGACUCUUGCUACGUCUGCAUUGAGUUAGAAAUCCGUGGGCCUCGAUCCAAAGGGAAUCCUUGAAAUAUUUUUCCCAGGCCUCGGCAUUUCCAUUUCUGCGAUAACGCGGCGAAACUAUGGAGCGAGCCCAAAACGAUUCUACGACGCGUUUUGCUCGAGAUUUUCGCGAGUGGAAUCGUUUUUCCGCGGAUUUUUCUCGGCGCCGACUCUUUCACCCUAUGGGAUAUUUUGUACCACAGAAAAAAGUGUUAUUUUACUAAAAUCUUGUAUAUACGAUACUGCAUGAUAUAGUUGUCUUAGAUCUGUAAAAAUGCGGCGUGGCCGCCGGUCGUAGGAAAUCAUUUUGGAAUUUUAUUCUUCCAUACAUCGUAACAUCCGACGUUUUAUUUCCCGUCAUGAUAUACGAGCGUCCCGUCUUUGAAGGUACUUUUGGAAAAUACGCAAGGGAGCGCACUGUAUUUACUGGUAAACGUUGUCCUGUCCUUUUGAAUACCGAAUAAACCACUCUCUUGUAUAUAA